CAUUCGAGUCGAUUCGAUCGUAAAAAAGACACGUUCACCUACACACCUAUUAUAUCCAAUCACAGCUACAUCAUGUCUACUGGAGAUUACAAAGUUGCCGAUAUUUCUCUUGCCGACUACGGUCGCAAGGACAUUGAACUCGCCGAAGUCGAGAUGCCUGGUCUCAUGGCGUGCCGUGAAGAAUACGGACCCGCCAAGCCGUUCGGAGGUGCCCGUAUCUCUGGAUCGCUGCACAUGACCAUCCAGACUGCCGUCUUGAUCGAGACCCUCAAGGAUCUCGGCGGAGAUAUCCGCUGGUGCUCGUGCAACAUCUUCUCCACGCAGGACCACGCCGCUGCUGCCAUUGCCCGUGACGAAUCGGCUGCCGUCUUUGCCUGGAAGGGAGAAUCUCUCGAAGAAUACUGGGAGUGCACGCUCAACGCCAUUACGUGGCCCGAAGACGAUGGCAAGGGUUGCGGACCCGAUCUCAUCGUCGACGACGGCGGUGACAUGACUCUUCUUAUCCACGAAGGAAAGAAGGCGGAGGACCAGUUCCUCAAGGACGGUACUGUCCCCGACCCGUCCUCCACUGACAAUGCCGAGUUCAAGAUUGUCCUCACCAUCAUCAAGCGUCUUCUCGAGGGCGGCGAAACCGACAAGUGGAACAAGAUUGCCAGUCGAUGCAAGGGUGUUUCGGAAGAAACCACCACUGGUGUUCACCGUCUCUACACCAUGGAGAAGACCGGAACACUACUCUUCACCGCCAUUAACGUCAACGACUCCGUCACCAAGUCCAAGUUCGACAACUUGUACGGAUGCAAGCACUCGCUCCCGGAUGGUCUCAUGCGUGCCACCGACGUCAUGCUGGCCGGGAAGAAGGCCGUCAUUGCCGGAUACGGUGAUGUCGGUAAGGGAUGCGCCGCCGCUAUGCGCGCCUGCGGAUGUGUCGUUUACGUCACCGAAAUCGAUCCGAUCUGUGCGCUUCAGGCAUGCAUGGAAGGAUACCAGGUAGUCACGUUGGAAGACGUCGUUGACACUGCUGAUAUCUUCAUUACUACCACUGGUAACAAGGGAAUUCUUAUGUGCGAGACCAUGAGCAAGAUGAAGAACAAUGCCAUUGUCGGAAACAUCGGUCACUUUGACAACGAGAUCGACAUGGACGGUCUCAUGAAGGCUGCCAAGCGCAUCAACAUCAAGCCCCAAGUAGACAAAUUUGUCUUUGAGUCCGGCAACGGUAUCAUUGUUCUUGCCGAAGGACGUUUGCUCAACUUGGGUUGCGCCACCGGACACCCUUCUUUCGUCAUGUCCUGCUCCUUCACAAACCAAGUUCUUGCCCAGCUCGAACUCUGGAACGAAAAGGACUCUGGCAAAUACGCGCACGGUAAGGUGUACGUCCUUCCCAAGACCCUCGACGAGAAGGUCGCCCUUCUUCAUUUGGGAUCCCUGGGUGCCAGACUGACCGUCUUGUCGGAUGAGCAAUCCGAGUACAUUGGCAUUCCGGUCAACGGUCCGUUCAAGCCGGAUACUUACCGUUAUUAAACAUUUAUAGACCUUUUUCAGCGAAU